AUGGCGAACCUUUGGUUUCAUUUUUCCUCUUCCAUGUUCUCAAUGCUUUGCUAUCUCAUAGUUUGCCCAACGUUAUGUCAUGCCAAUUUCACCAGAAAUGAUGAAUUGGCACUUCUUGCUUUCAAAAUUUAUGUGAGAGACCCAUUUAAUCACUUGGCUAAUUGGUCCAACUCUUCCUCCAUUUGCAAUUGGGUUGGGGCUGCUUGUGAUGCUAAUGGUGAGAGAGUAAGUGUAUUGAAUCUUGCUGCCAUGAGUCUCAUGGGCACCUUACCCUCACAAGUGGGGAAUUUGUCCUCCCUUGUUGAACUUGACCUUCAUAGUAACAACUUUCAUGGUAAUUUACCGAAGGAGUUGCUGCAGUUAUACAAGUUGAAAAUUCUCAACCUUAGCUAUAAUGAAUUUGAUGGGAAAAUUCCAACUUGGGUUGGAAGUUUAUUUGCUCUUCAAUACCUGAUCUUUCCAAGUAAUAGUUUUCGGGGUGUUAUUCCUCCAAGUGUAUCAAAUUUUUCAAAAUUAGUGACCUUGGAUUGGAAUAACAAUUUCAUCCAUGGAUCUAUUCCACUUGAGAUUGGAAGGCUUCAACAUUUAAAGAUUUUACAUAUAGCAAUGAACAAUCUUUCAGGAAAUAUACCUCCAACUAUUUCUGACUUAUCCUCACUUGAGCUGAUGUCUUUGUCAUUCAACUCCUUAAAAGGAGACAUUCCAAAUGAAAUUGCCAAUCUUAUAAAUCUUAAAAUUAUGUACUUGGAUCGUAAUCAACUUGUUGGCUACAUACCUAGAAGCAUUGGAAGUUUGGUUUCCCUUCAGCAGUUAGAGCUUGGUUCCAAUAAUUUGCAAGGCUAUAUACCAAAAGGCAUUGGGAACUUGACUAAGCUUCAAUUAUUAAAUCUUGAUUACAAUAACUUGGAAGGUGAUAUACCAGAAGGUAUUGGAAAAUUAGAUAAGCUUCAAGAGCUAUAUCUUAAUCAUAAUAUUUUACAAGGUAGCCUUCCAUCAGAUUUUGGUUGUGGCCUUCCCAAUCUAAAAAAGCCAUAUUUAUGGAGCAACAAACUUUCCGGAAGAAUCCCAAAUACUGUUUCCAAUGCCUCUAAGCUGACCCUUUUAGAACUGUCAGGAAAUAAUUUCAUAGGGGUUUUACCAACUACACUUGGGGAUUUAAGAUACUUGGAACGCCUUAAAAUAAGUGAUAACAAUUUAACCACAUCAGAUGCUUCCAAUUCUAAAACCAAUAUUAUUACCUCAUUGACUAAUUGUAGACGUUUGAAAGUUCUGGUCCUCUUAGCAAAUCCAUUGUAUAUAAAACUUCCUAAGUCCAUUGGAAACUUCUCUGAUUCUCUGCAAACGGUGGACAUUGUUUCUUGUGGUAUUAAUGGUAACAUACCAUUAGAAAUAGGGAAUCUUGCCAAUUUGAUUAGUCUUUCUUUGGAUAAAAAUGUUUUGAAUGGACCAAUUCCAACAACAAUUGGCAGCUUACAGGCUCUUCAAUUUUUGAGUCUUGAAGGAAAUGACUUGCAUGGCCUAAUUGUUCCAGAACUUUGUGAAAUCAAACCCCUUGGCUGUUUACAUAUAAGCCAAAAGAAAUUUUAUGGAGCAAUGUCACCUUGUUUAGGAAAUAUUUCAUCUUUAAGGGGACUUCACUUGGGCUCUAAUAAAUUGUCAUUAGAGAUACAUUCUUCCUUUUGGAAUUUGAAAGAUAUAUUGCAAGUAAACUUGUCUUCAAAUCAUUUUGGUGGUUGUCUUUUAUCGAGGGUUGAGAACUUAAAAGUUCUUAUCUCAUUAGAUUUUAUCUCGAAAUCAUAUUUCAGGGACGAAAAUCAAAGAUUUUUGCGCAAUGCCAUCAACACCCAAAGUAGUAAAGUGGGUGAAGUAUGGCACAUGGGACUUUCCAAGGCUUGUGGAGGUCAUCAAUCACAUAGUUUUGCGGCAUUCAAUUGCGACAUUGCCACCAACCCAGUACCUGGGGGAGGAUUUAAUGGCACGGAAUUCAAGCUCCAUGGGCAAGCUUACAUCCCAAGCAGGUUUUGGGAGCUAAGAGACGAAAUUUAUGUCAUUCAGUCUUCUCAUAACUGUUUCUCAUUAUUCUUGAGAUGUUUGUUUGAUUUAAUCUUCAUGUGGAAUGGUGUUCCAUGGGUUUCCAAUGGAAGUUUGGUUCCUAUAUGGAUUAAUUUACAUGGUUUACCGACAGAGUUUUAUGCAGAAUCUUUUGCUACCUUGAUUGCCAACUCCUAG